UGACGUCAUCCUCCUCUCUUCUUGUACUCGUAGAUAGUGGCGGCAAUAAGAAUUAAGAAAAAAGCGCGCGGCCAGAGUUAGGAAGAAAGGUUCGACAGCGAGCGAGCGAGCGAGCGAGAGAGAUAAGGAGAGAGGGCGCGCGCGGGGAUCUCCGUGCCUUGGUCGGCGGUAGAGUCGUCGGCGCGGGGGCGAUGGAGAGCGGGCCGGCGGGCACGAUGGGGGGGCCGCUGAGUGACGUGCCGGCGAUGCUCGACGGCGACCGGUACGAGCUGGUCCGCAGCAUCGGGUCCGGCAACUUCGGUGUCGCCCGCCUCAUGCGCAACCGCGCCUCCGGCGAGCUCGUCGCUGUCAAGUACAUCGACCGCGGCGAGAAGAUCGAUGAGAACGUGCAGAGAGAGAUCAUCAACCACAGGUCGCUGCGGCAUCCCAACAUCAUCCGCUUCAAGGAGGUUAUUCUGACGCCGACGCAUCUCGCCAUCGUCAUGGAGUACGCCUCCGGCGGGGAGCUCUUCGAGCGCAUCUGCACUGCCGGCCGAUUCAGCGUCGACGAGGCUCGGUUCUUUUUCCAGCAGCUGAUAUCUGGAGUCAGCUACUGCCACUCCAUGCAAGUGUGCCAUCGUGACUUAAAGCUCGAGAACACUCUGCUGGAUGGAAGCACCACCCCUCGCCUCAAGAUAUGCGACUUUGGUUAUUCCAAGUCAUCGGUGCUACAUUCUCAACCAAAGUCAACUGUUGGAACUCCGGCAUAUAUUGCCCCUGAAGUUCUGCUCAAGAAAGAAUACGAUGGCAAGAUUGCCGAUGUGUGGUCCUGUGGCGUAACCCUUUACGUGAUGUUGGUCGGCGCCUACCCUUUCGAGGAUCCAGAAAAUCCCAAGAAUUUCAAAGUGACAAUUCAGAAAAUAUUAGGUGUUCAGUACUCGAUUCCGGACUAUAUUCACAUACCUAUGGACUGCCGAAACCUUCUCUCAAGGAUCUUUGUUGCCAACCCAGCUACGAGGAUCACCAUACCUGAGAUAAAGAACCACCCAUGGUUCCUCAAGAACCUCCCAGCUGACCUCAUGGACGGUCCCACAGUGAGCAACCAGUAUGAGGAGCCUGACCAGCCGAUGCAGAACAUGAACGAGAUCAUGCAGAUAAUGGCAGAGGCGACCAUAUCGGCGGCCGGCGCCCUCGGAAUCAAUAAGUUCCUGCCUGACGGCCUUGACCUCGACGACGACAUGGACGACCUGGACUCGGACCUCGACAUCGACAUGGACAGCAGCGGGGAGAUAGUAUACGCCAUGUAGUAAACCUGUGAAUAUCUGUAUGUGCAGAAGCGGUAUUUGUGGUCUUCCACCUUGUUUGCUUCUUGAACAUACACCAGAUUGAGUGCCAUUUUGUGUUAAGAAGAAGAGUGUAGAAAUGUACAUUGAGAGGAUUGUAUUCAGGCUACUGCUUGAGUCUGAAAUUGGUGUUGCUGCUCAUUGAUGUGUUGUCUAACAAAAUACAGUAUGUUGGAGUUUUCUGUGAUCUUUAGUUGAUAAAAGGGAGUAUUUACCCGAAA